AUGGGAAUACAGACUACUUUUACCUGUUCUCUUCUUGGUGUUGUUUCUUAAAGCUUCUGUCUUUGACUUUCAUAUUUGCCGUUGGGCACCAUGUCAGGAACCAGCAGUGACCAGCUGCACAGAUCCACCUUGUCUGUCUAUUCAAACCUGAUAGAACACUUCAACCCGGGCCUGCAGAAGCUUGUUGCUUUGGGAAACAGCUAUGUCAAAGCUUUCCAAGCAUUAGCCAUUUGUAGUGAAGCCUACUUCAGUGUUGUUGCCAAGAUGGGCGACCAUGCACUGCACAAACUGUCAUCUCGCUCUCUUGGGGACGUCCUCAUUCAGAUAUCCGAGACGCAAAGGAAACUGACUGCCGAGAUGGAGGGAGUGUUUCAAUGGUUCCAGGUGGAGGUGUUGCAAGCCAUGGAGAAGAACGUCAAGUUGGAUGAGGAGUACAUAGAUGGUAGCCGACGAGUGUACGAACUGGAGGUGAGGAACCAGGCGGAGGCUUUGGAGAAACAACUACGACGAGGAGCCUUCAGGGAGUCACUGGAGAGCAGCAACUACAUGCAGUACUUGAGGCAGAGCCAGCAGGAGAUCCUGAAGGAGGAGGAGAGGAGGUAUCGUUUUCUGGCAGAGAAACACUGUGGCCUCACUCAGUCGUUGCUCUUCCUGGUUAACAAGACAGGCAUGUCUCUUCAGCAAAAAGCAGAUGGAUGGAAGGAGAAAGUCAAUGAAACCCGAGGGUCCGGAUCUCGAACCCAUAGUAAUUUGGACCAAGAGGCACAGCUGCGAGGCUCCGUAAGUUCCCUGCUGCAGACGGUAGCCAAAGACGACGACAUGUCCUGGGCCAGGCGGGAGCAACAGGCACUGGGCAAUGUUCCCUCGCGAGCGCCGUCGCCCCUUCCUAGUCGCUCUCGCUCUGGCUCAGUGGGAGAGUCCUUGGGUCUGGGUGGAGGCAGACCCAUGAGAGCCUUAGUGUUUCAUCCCUCCUCGACCAACCCAAAGCUGCUGCCUUUCACCAAAGGGGAGAUGAUCACCGUGUUGGUCCAGGAACCGCGCAACGGUUGGCUGUAUGGGCGCACCGACAGCAACCUGCGGCAGGGCUGGUUCCCUGCUGCUUAUGUGGGUCCCAUUGAGGAAUCAGACACAAGCAGCGACAGUUCUCUGAGAAGUAGCAGCAUGAACAACAUGCUGGACCCCAACGGCACACACAAAGACCAAUCAGAGGGCAGGAGCUACGGUGACAUUGCACCGCCAGCCACGCCUAACCGCAGAGCGUCCAUGGACAUCUGGUCGUUCUCCCCGCUCCCCGAGAAGAAGGCAGAACUGACGACAAUUGAGAUUAAACCUCCUCCUCCUCCACCUCCCCUUCCUCCCCCUAAGAGUCUCAUCAUCCAAAGGGGGUCAGCUGACCUGCGACCGCUUUCGCCCAACCCUGAAUGGAAAAGCGAUGGUGACGCACAGGGUUUAUCCCCUAAUGGCCCACCCGAGAAUCCUCUUUUUCCAAGAGGCACAAACCCGUUUGCCACCGUGAAGCUUCGCCCUACCAAGACCAAUGACAGGUCGGCCCCUAGCAUCCAUUAAUGCGCCAUGCCAGGACCUCAGGUUUGUAAGUGAGGUGACAUUACAAAGAAAAGGAAAAAAAACAAAUAUAAUAAUAUCAAUCUGAAACAUGGAGGACAAUUUAGUCAAAUAUCAACACCGUAUUUCUGUUUUAUCCGCAAAUUGUAAGGAUAGACAUUUUUCAUAAUCACUCAUAUCAGAGGUGACCGUGUAUUGUAAUAUUCAAAGACUUUGUUUUGAAUGUGAGUAAACAACAACUAGAAGAAAUAACCAUUGCUCCAUACUUUAUUACCAUUUCCUACUGGCUUUUCUCACGUCAUUGUUGUGUUUGCUAUGUCAUCAAGAGGUGGAUGAAGGGUGGGAAGACAUGUAAUAAAUACGACAAAAGAACCUAAAGAGAGCUGGGAUACAACAUCACUACCACCACCCUAUCUUUAUGCACUCAUCAAGGACAAUUGUGGACCCUGAUACAGAUUUGAUACUGAAUGAAACAUUAAAUUCAAAUUUAGUAACGUUUUUUUUUUUUUUGUGGAACGCUGCCUGGUGUAGCAGGUGGGCCGGUCUUA